CAAUCACAGACAAGAAUACUAUUUACUCCGGUCCUUGCAUAGUUUCUAGAGAAGCUAACAUGGCACCGACUUCAGAAGGCAUGGAGGACAAAAGUCAAAGGAACGUUAUUCUUGUCAACGCAUCAAAGCGAGAGCUGUUCACACUCAAUAAUGGCCUGAAGUCACUCAACAGAAAGUUACGGUCUUCAUGGAAAUUGGUUCCGAAUAAAGAUGAGAUCACCGAGGACAAGUUGGCUCAAGUUAGGAUAUUUCUUAUUGCCGGACCAAGAGAUAAGUUUACAGCUGCAGAGAUUGCAGCCAUGAAGAAGUAUCUGGACAGUGGAGGAAGUAUUUUGGUCAUGUUAGGAGAAGGUGGAGAAACGAGGUUUGACACAAACAUCAACUUUCUCCUCGAGGAAUUUGGGAUCAUGGUCAACAGUGAUGCUGUUGUUAGAACAUCAUAUUACAAAUAUUUUCAUCCUAAAGAAGCCUUAAUAUCAAAUGGAAUUCUCAACAGAGCCAUAAGUCAGGCAGCGGGCAAGUCUCUGUCCUAUGGAGGAGAUGAUGAUGCUAAUAAUGCACAGGCUCUGUCGUUCCUGUACCCAUAUGGUGCUACCCUGAAUGUGGUGAAGCCAGCUGUUGCUGUCCUGUCAACUGGCACAGUGUGUUUCCCUCUCAACAGACCCGUCCUAGCUCUACGUACAAACAAGCAAACACGAGGAAAGAUGGCAGUACUUGGGUCUGUCCACAUGUUCCAUGACCAGUAUAUAGACAAAGAGGAAAACAGUAAAAUUCUGGAUGUCCUCGUGCAGUACCUCACAACUGAGGACAUCAAACUGAAUGCUAUUGAUGCUGAGGACCCUGAGAUCAGUGACUACAACCAGCUCCCAGAAGUUGCGAAGUUGGCAGAGGAACUGAAGACGUGUCUCCAGGAGAGUGACGACAUCCCCCGCGACAUCACAACACUGUUUGAUAACUCUCUCUUCAAACUUGAUACUAGUCUCGUACCUAAAGCAAUCAAAGGAUAUGAACAGCUUGGAUGUAAACACGAGUCACUGACGCUCAUCACACCUCAGUUCGAGACACCUCUACCGCCUCUACAGCCAGCUGUGUUUCCCCCGAACUUCAAGGAGCUGAAUCCCCCUGCACUGGAGCUGUUUGAUCUGGAUGAACAGUUCUCGUCCGAGAAAGUCCGCAUUGCUCAGAUCACCAACAAGUGUACUGACGAUGAUCUGGAGUACUAUGUACGAGAGUGUGGGGACAUUCUGGCCGUCACCAGCAAACUCCCUGCGGACAUCAGAGAUGCGAAACACAUCAUUGAAUAUGUCUUUGCUCAGGUGGUAGAGUUCAAGAAACUCAAUCAGGACAACGACUACAACCCAGUUGAGUUUGGAGGAGGGGCGGACAGCUAUGCAUAGAGUACAGCACCAUGUUGUCUAGGUCACAAGAACUCCCCACAUGGAGAACUCAUGUUCUUACAGAUUUAUCUAAAUCCUCUGCCCAGUUCACAAUGGAGGACAAUAUUAUCAUUUCCUCACAACAGUGAACUGAAGUGAAGACAGUGUAAAAAGUACAGGCAUUAAAGGGAACUAGGUCAAUUUGCAGUCCUAUCAUGUUUUAGGCAAGUCAACAUACCAACUUUGAUUAUCUUCAAACUCAAAUUUUAUGAUAGAUGAAAAUGAUGUUACUGCUUACAUGAAUAAUCAAUCUUAUUUAUUACUAUUAAUUGUUUGACGUAAGCAAAUAAAUACAACUUAAGAGUUCUAGACUGAUAAUAGUCUCCAGACCAUGGAGCAAGUUGGGCCUGUCAGAUUUCUUUUCAUUAAUCAAGAAGAUUUGGGGAUUGGGAUUGGUCUUAGGACUGUAUCAUAUCACACAACCCCUCUUCCCCCAUUUUAUGUAACAUUGAGUCAAACUCCCCCCCUUCCCCCCCCACACACACACACUCCCACCCACCCCAAAAAAUAUACAGGUAAAAUUUUUCCAUGAAACCCACCCACCCAAUAAUAAAUUAACAGUCCGUGGCUCAAAUUUCUACUUUUACUAUUUGAAAAGGUAGGACUGUGUCAUUCCUCCUCCCCACCCACCCCCCUUUCACUGUGUCAUUUUUCAUGAGCAAACCCCCCCAACCUUCACCCCCCAACCCCACCGCCCUUUUCAUUCUCACUGGCCCACCACCCCCUAUAAUAAAUGACCAGUCCCUUAUUCAACAGGAACUUGGUAAUGGCUUCAAGUCAAUGGCUGAGAUGGUGUCACAAUCAAUUCCAGAGUGAGCACCAAUCUCAUCUGUGCUUUUGUUACAGCACAAAUGUGAUGACUAUUGAUUGAGGAGUCAAGAUAUGAAAAAAACAUCCCUUUGUAUGUUGUCAUAUAGAUCAUUCUCAAGUUUAUAAUGAAUGACAAAACUAUUUGUAUUGUCAUGUAAUGCUGACAGAAAAUGUAUUAGCCAACCAAUUCAGAUUUGUCUCAUAUCCUGUUUCAUGAAACGAUGAGGGAACUAAGGACCAAUCUUAUUUGUGUUUGUAUUAAUGGGAUUGAUGUGGACUCCAGAGGAGAUAUUUUGGGAACAAUCACAAGCUCUUGGCAAACUUGAGAAAAUCAGGAGUAGUGUCAUGAAUGUUAAAGACGGGAUUUUACUGAGAAGACGAUUUUAUUUUGUUAAGACAUUAAUAAUUAUCAUGUGAUUUUCAUGAAACAAUUUGGAAAUUUGGUGCUCAGGGAGAUAUUGUUUAUUAAAUAUGUUAAAAAAAUAAAAUUUGUGAGAUUCAAUGCCGCUAUGACAUGCAGGGAAUUAUAAUAUUUGUCUACCCAGAGGGAAAAACAACUUUGAAUUAUAACUGUUUCUUGAUUGUAAUUCAUAAUGAUAUAUGACUAGGAAAUACACCUGAUUGGACAAAUCCACAGAUUUCAGCUGCUCAUUUAAUGGAAAACAUCUUCUUAGAAUCAAUAUAAUGUGUAGAAUUCAUACUGAUGUUUGGUGGCGGUCAGGUAGCCUAGUGGUUAAAGCGUUCGCUCGUCACGCCGAAGACCCGGGUUCGAUUCCCGACAUGGGUACAAUGUGUGAAGCGCAUUUCUGGUGUUCCCCGUCAUGAUAUUGCUGGAAUAUUGCUAAAUGCGGCGUAAAAUCAAACACACUCACUCAUACUGAUGUUUGAUACAGAUAUAUUACUUAUGUUUACAAAUGAGACCCUGCUAGCCUUUGUAAGAGAUCAUUGUUGAUGGACAUUCGUUUAGAUGCGUCUAGUUUGUGAAAUGUCAGAUUGGACGUGUAUAUGACUGAACUGAAAUAAUAUUAAGGAGUCAGGAUGAGUCUGCUUCUAAUGUUAAAAGUCAUUAAAUGUGUGGUAUCAAAUAAUGGCAAAAGUGAAAUCCAUAGCAAAUAAUCUUUUAGUCAUGGGUUGCCAAUAUUUAGCAACUGAGAAUCUGUUCCUAUCACAGAAGAAAACAUAAUUCAACAACUUGUUAAAGAAAUUAUUUAUUGCACUUUUCAUGGGUAAAAUAUGUAAAGCUUACCUAACAAAACCAUCAUAACAAUUGUUAUUGUCUAUGAAAGGUUCCAAUGGAAAAAGAAAAAAUACACUAUUUGAAGAAUCUGAUUGUAAAUAUAUCACAUUUGUCAUAAUUGUUGCGCUAUUUUUAACAAUGCAUAUUUUCCGUCCUGUAUUCAAUGGUUGUAGAUGCUCUAAUGACCAAAUACUGAACCCAGCUCUCUGUUUUACUUCAAAUUAUCUUGACUAUGUUAGAUCUGUAUAUAUAUUGAGAUAUUUAUUAGGCAUUUGUGUGUACAACACACCUGUAAAUUGUUAGAUGUUUCUGUUUGUUUUCUUAUGAUUGUAAAUAAAAGUAUCUUUGUAACCUAU